AAGUUGAAGCUCAGCGGCCGGAGGGGGAGAAAUAAUACAGUCAGAAAUGGGACGAAAAACACGAUAAAAUCACUAUCAAACCGCCAGACGUUACCGCCGAGCCGGCACCCGGAGAGAAAGCUGUCGUGUUUGGGCCGCUGUGGAGCUGAGAGGACGGAGAGGAUGAGUGGAGAGUGAAGGAGAGAAAUGAGUGAGGGGGGCUGGUUCGGGGCAGCGGCGCCUGUUGUCUGAACGCGGUGACUGAGAUUGAGAGCGUAUUGUCGGCUUUAGCUCCUCAGCAGACUCGGGGGUGAUUGGGGAGAAAUGUCCCACUGCUGUGUUAAAUGAGUUGGGAGCGAAGUUCCUGAGCGGCUCUGUCCUCUUUUCUGUAAUGUGCCCGAGGGAGAUUUCAGCAGCCUCACUCCGAGUUUCCCUCGCCGUUGUGGCUCUGUUGUUGUGGAUGAGCGCUGCUGCCUCCGAGCUGAAGGUUCUGGUGCGCUUAAGCGGUGGUCAGAUCACUCAGGAGGUGUUGGAGGCGGACAGUGAGAGGGACAUCAUCACUCUGGAGUUCAAACAGGCCGAUGGAGCUCUGAUCACAUUCCUGGCCGAUUUCAAGCGGCAUGUGAAGAUUCUGCGGGCGCUGGUUCUUGGUGAGCCAGAGCGGGGCCAGACACAGUACCAGGCCUUGUGUUUCAUCACCGUGCUGGAUCAUGGAGAGAUCAUCCCCAGUGAAGCCAUGGUCAGAUUGAGACAGAAAAACCCUCAUGUCGUGCGGACAGCAGAGGAGAAUCGUGGUGUGGAGCAGAUGAGUAUGAAUGUGCCGGUGAACCUGACUUUAUCCUGGCAGCUCAGCUCCCACAUCCACAACGUGUGCCGAGAUGCCCGAGACUUCGUCUACACACGCAAAGACGACAUCAAACACUGGCUGGAAAAGGGUGUGGAAGGCUCCAUAUUUGAGGAGCUGCCCCAGAAAACAGAGGGUCCAGGCCUGCAGAGUUGCAGCUCCACUGCUGGCCCAUGGCAACCCUGCAUGUGCAGCUACACCUUGAGACUGGAGUGGUACCCAUGCAUGCUGAAAUACUGUCGUGGUCAUGGGUCCAGCCCCUACAAGUGUGGCAUCAGGAGCUGCAGCAAAGGCUACCGCUUUGACUUCUACACACCACACAAGCAGCUCUGCAUGCGGGAUGAAGACGGCUAAUGCUAACUUUGCUGUAACUAAUAAGCUCCAGUUAGCGUUAUCCAGAUAUGUUCAUGCUAACUGUUCCCUGUUGCCUUUGAUUCAUCAAGUCAUUAGAAACUUUCAGAUGAUACUAUUUCAACAGGGAUGGGGAAAUAUGAAUAAUUAUGGCAGUUGUGCGUCAGUUGGGGGUAAAUACUUAUUUGACAGUUGUGAGGUGGCUUUGAAUGUGUCUCAUAGCAGGAUGGCUCUGCAUAAGAUGGAGUCAAGUAUGAACAAAAUGCAGUAUUUGUUUUAAAAUAAGCUUGUCUUUUUUUCAUUUCUCAAGUACCGAAUACCUGGGCUCUAAAACAAGGAUAUGCAAUUGAGGUAUAUUUAGGGUACUUGGAGGUCAACAAAUAAUAGUUUUAUUUGGUAGUUUAAAGCUCUUAAAUUGGUGACCUUCUCUUCUUUCUUUUUUUUUUCUAGGGAGAUUUCCAUCACCAUGAUCAUAUAUGUUCAUUGGUUCAUGUAGUCAGGGUUUUAACCGUGACUCGUAUAUCUUCAUGUGUUAACACCUGCCUAAAAGGACAAAGGAUAUUUUGACUCGAGCCAUUAAGCUGGUUCUUUACCUUUUAUUCCCUGUUGUCACUACUGUGUAGCCUCAGGGCAGGAACGUCAUAUGAUCGUGGUGGUCAAAAGUUAAUAUCUCCCCUAAGGCAGAGCUAUUCUCACUUUUGUCUUACUCCUUGUUUAGAGUUCUGCAUGAAUUUAUACUGUAGAAGUUAAGGGCAUGUAUUUUGAAUUAGCAUUUAUUAGUGUCUUUCUAGCUGUGUUAAGGGAAUAAUGUGUAUAGUAGAAUUCUUGUUCCAGGGUAGGUUUGUUUUGUUUUUUUUGUUUUGUUUUGGUUUUUUGUUUCAUACCUUUUCGGAGUUGCCAGAUGGUGAAAUGGCAUCAUAUGGCAGACCACUUAUUUGUAACUUCAAAAUCCAUACAGUUUCAAUUACAGAAAAUCCAUUAACUUCACUGACUUCUCCAGUCUGAACAAGCAAGAAGUUUCAGAAUCCAUGGCUUUCUUUAUUACAGGAAAUACAAUCAUUUAAAAAUCCAGAAUUCAGUCCCAAAAACUUUUCUCUUCUGGAAAAUCCAGUUGAACUGUCAGCUAAUUGGUGGCAUAAUAACUCUUAGGUCUAAUUACCACACAAACAUUUGAUCAAACUUGGCAUUCAUAAAUUAACAUCAUCAAUUAGCACUUUAUAAAAUAUAUAAUAUUGCUUUUGACAAGUAUAAGGCAUGGAUUUUCAGCAUAUUGUUGCCAUCGGAACAAAACACUAUUUCCAAAAUGGUAAAUUGACAGGAAACAAAAACAUUGAUUACUUCUAAUAGGAUAUUUUUGCCAAGUACUUUUGGGCCAUUUCUAUUGGUCUGUUCAUCAUGAAAUGAAAUUUCAGAAUCCUUUCUCUAUUAUGGAAAAUACAAUAAUUUUAAAAAUCCAGAAUUCAGUCCCAAAACUUUUUUUAUUCUAUAAAAUCCAGUUGAACUGUUAGUCAUAUCUGGUAUAUUUUAAUAUUAUGAUGUUGUUUUAUAUUGACUGUGAGGUGUAAGAUUUCUUUCUAGUGCCUUUUUGAAGUAACGUCUUCCUGCAGUAACUCACACUUAAACCUACACUGAACUGUGAAGGUCCCAAUUAAUCCUACAGUAUAGGCUGUUGAAUCUCAUUUUGCUUGCAGUUUGAGCCAUGAAAUAUGUUCAGUUCUUGAACAAAAGGAGCUACAGUGGCAGCUAAAACAGUAUCCAUGAUAGUUUUUGUGUUGUCUAUUUAUUGCUAAUAUAUUCAAGUGAUGCCAAACGUGCAACUCACGGGACGGUGGAUCACUGUAUCCCUGACUAAUUGUCUCAUUUACAUUUCAAUUACUCUAUUAUUGUGAGUGGUCCUUUGCGUUGGUAUGUGGUGUACAGUAUGGCAGUAUAGGGGCUCCUCAUGACAGGCAGAUGAAACUUUCACACAACUCAAUAUUGUUUUUGUGUUUGGGAAUUUUGUACUUCUUGCAUUCAUUUGACCGUUUUAUAACUGUACCAAUUGUUGUCUCUUUAUUAAAGCAGCUGUCAGGUGCUUUACAGUACUAACUAUCUUCAUGAAAGAUAUUUAAGUAACACUAUAAUAAAAAGGUUUUCAUAAUUUAUGAUCGUGAUAAACUUGUUUACACUUUUUUUCUACAAAAUGGCAUGUAUGUGAUUUGUUGUCUGAAAUACAUUCUGCUCAGGUUUCUCUUAGACAUAAAGCAGCCAAAACAAUGCGAUGCAACGAGAGGUUUAUGAAUUUUAACACUAAAUAAUGCAAUGUUAUUGUUGUACAGAGUAAUAACGAUAAUGUAAUGUUUAUACACACGUAUAAAGUGGCCCCAAGGAGUAUUUGGACAGUGUAAAAACAGUCUGUUUAAAAUUAAAGCAACUUUCUUAGACAUUUUCUUUCCUAACACAGUGAACAUAGUACAUUAAGUAUAGCACUGAUGUCCAAAUACUUUGAGGCCACUUUUUGAGGAAACAUAUUUAAAAAUGUUUUAAAAAUCAAUUUAAAAAGCAAAAAACUAAAUGCAUUUCCUUGCUAUACUUGGCAUAAAGGAUUUAGUUUUCUACCAACAAACCAAAUAUGACUCUUAACAUGCAAGUGACUAAACAGCAUGUGGCUAAUUUCACAACAGUGUAAAUAAAGAUUAAACUUUUUAUUUCUGUA